UGUUGUUUUGAUGUGUCUAUAACCUUCAACAAAUAGACCCUCGUGGAUAAUUUAUCGGCAUUUCUAGAAAACAACUCAAACAUUCUUUUAUAGUUCACAAUAUAAAAUUUUGCAGUUUCAAGUGUUAAAAUGGCUAAGCAAAUGAGUGAUGAAGAACGUAUUGAGCUGGCGGCCAAACUGGAUAAGGAACUGGAUGAAUUUAUUGAUGGAUUGGAAAAACGUCGCUACACUGAAGGCUGGCCAGAAGAUCGCUGGCAAGAGGAAAUGGAAAAACAUCCUUUCUUCAUGAAACGUCUCCCAGAAGUUGGAGAAGAAGUUGAUCCCCUUGUCGAAGGAAUGCAGCAACUUAAAUAUGAUCCACUUGAGAAUACACCUGAAGAAUUGGCAGCAAAUUACAAAGAAGAUGGAAAUUUUCACAUGAAACACCGAAAAUACCGUAUUUCUAUCUUCAGCUACACUGAAGGUAUCCGUGCGAAAUGCGAGAACAACGAACUCAAUGCUGCAUUGUACAAUAACAGAAGUGCUGCUCAUUUCUUCCUGAAGAACUACAGAUCAGCAUUGUUGGAUGCACAGAAAGCAUUAGAACUGAAACCGGAUUAUAAGAAGGCUCAUAUUAGGGCAGCAAAAUGUGCUGAAGCUCUACAAAAGUAUGAUUUGUGUGUUGAACUUUGCGACCAAAUCUUAUCAGGAGAUUCCGGCGAAAAGGACAUUUUGAAAUUGAGGCAAACCUGUUGCGCCAGAAAGGCAGAAAAAGAACGGCAGGAGCGGAAAUUGGCUGCUGAGCAGAAAAGAAAACUCGAUGAACAACAGAAAACGAUUAAUGAGAUAAAGAAACGAAAAAUACGUUUCGAAGAAAUAGAAAAUCAAACAUUUACCGAUAUUACAAUGGAUAUUCUAAAGCCAAAAUAUGCUCCAGUAGAGGAUUUUCCUGUCUGCUUAUCUCCUGAUGGACAGCUCUGUUGGCCGGUAGUAUUUUGCUUUCCCGAAUACAAUGUAAGUGAUUUCCAACAGCAACUCGAUGAAAGCUUCACAUUGGCUGAUUGCAUUCAAGAUAUUCUCUUUGAGAAUGAAGAUCGUGAUGAAGAAGGAAAGUACAAUAUUGAUAAUGUGAGGGUAUACUAUGAAAAUACUAUUCUUGGAAAGCCUUUCACAGCAAAUCUGACAAACACUUUAAAGGAAAUCACUCAAUUAGAAACGUUCCUUGUAACCGCUGGAUGUCUGACCUUUUAUAUUCUUCCGAAAAACUCAGAUGAAGAAACUGAAUAUUUAAAUCUCCAGAGAAAACCAUUGAAAUAAUUUAUCAUUUCUGAGAAGCUCAAUAAAAUUAUGAAGUAUCUACAAA